CAUAGAUUUUCAAUAGACUUCAUACUCCUGAGAGAAGCGAAGGAAAUUAGAUAUAGCAAUAGUAAUAGAAUGAUCAAGGCCUUUUGGCCCCGUAGAUCACGAGAAACUCGAGAACUCAGCCUUAGUAUAAAACGCCCCUCUUGCUUAUUCCCGCCGCAUUAUUAUUGUUCUUCGUCUUAUUGAACGUUUCAAUAUUACGUACAUCAAUAUGUAUUCGAUCAUUAUACUAGGAUUAAUUGGUUCAUCAAUAGCUCAAGAUUUACGGCAACCAUCAAUUUUGUCCGAAGCGCGUUAUCUUUCUGGUGACGGAACAUUUGGUGCUGCUUAUACUCAAGAUGACGGAGUGCAAUUUAAAGAAGAAAGUGACGCUAAUGGUGACCGAAAAGGUUCUUAUUCUUACAUAGAUCCGACUGGACAAAGAAGAACUGUUUAUUAUACUGCUGGUAAAAAUGGCUUUCAGGCAAGUGGUGACGGUAUUCCGGAAAUAACACCGCCGACACCUGAAUACGAGCCUCUACCAGAAUAUAAUCCCCCUGAUUAUCGACCACCGCCACCACGUUCAUAUAAAUUUCAAACAGACCCAGAUGCCAGACAAUUAACUUACGACUCGCCUUCACCAUCACCUCCUCCGCCACCCCCUCGUCCACGUUUACAUCCACACCCACACCCACGUCCAGCUCGUCCGCGUAUAAUUUAUCAACCCCAAUAUCAACCAGAGUACUCGCCGGUGACUCAACCACCCGAAGUCCAUGAGUACCAAUACGAACCGCGACCAACGCCGACUUACAAACCACGUCUACAAAUUCGUUAUACACCAGCGCAGCCUCAACCUCAACCUCAACCUCAGCCUCAGCCGCGGUUUCAAUCUCAGCCGCAACUUCAUUAUCACCAACCAAAACCUCAGUACCAACCGGAGCCAGAGUAUAAUGAACCCGUACCUCAAUAUCAACAAACAGAGCCACAGUAUCAACGACCUGACACUUACAGACCUUAUGUUGAGUAUUCAUUCCAAACUCCGACAAAUCCAGCGCCUCGACCUCGAUACAAUGAAAUCACAACUCCUGCGCCUCGUAGAUUUUAUCCACCAGGUAAAUUAGAUUUUACCAGAACUUCUGACGGAUUCUCUUAUACUUUUAAUAAAAAUUAAAUAUAUGGAAUUUUUUUUUUAAUUUUAUGUAUAUUUAUAUAUUUAAUAAUAUAGAACAUAUAUUAAUUAGUCGCAAUUAUUGUGUUAAUUUUGUAACGGCAUUUAUUUCUUUUUUUUUUAAAUAAAAAUUGUAACAAUACAAUGCAAAGGUCAACAAGUUUGUGGUAUUUAAUUGCGAAAUUUUA